UUUAGCUUUAUCACCCGAUAUGAUGAUCAACCUAGGGCAUCCGCCUCGUCUCGGCUCCUCCCUCGAGACACUUGAUCCCUUCCUAAUUCAGCAUCCAUAGAUCGCGGGCAUCACUACAGAUAGUAUUGAAUACCUUCUCUCGGACAGCCCCCGUAUCGGAUGCGAAGCCGAUAUCUGUAUGAACCUACCCGAGAUCCGACAGAUACUAUCAUCACUGGGACAUUGCAUCGGCUUCCUGCUUGCGAUGAUAUAUAGCGGGUCGUGAGCUUCAGACUGGACUGGCAGUGCUGGGAAGCAAAGACAAACCCGUCAACCCGUCAACCCAGAAGACGAACAACGCCACAGAAAAUCAAUCAAGAUGACUCGAAUUCCUCUCCCAGUCCCUCCUCCAAUUGACUCCUCAUACCAGCCGCAAACCGCCGUGACAACCAUCCCAGCAAACGCCCCAGUCGAGUAUAUCCUCGCCAUCCUCGAACGAGACGGUGGAGUGAUCCUGAAGGACUUCGCAAGCCAGGAAGAACUAGCUGCGAUUGAAGAAGAACUCAAGCCUUGGACGAAAGACCAAGGCUGCGAGCAGAAACACGCCUUCCACAUCAUCCCCCCUCAGACAUUCCUGCUGCCGGGCCUGGUCGGGAAAUCCAAGACGGUGGCCAAGAUAUGCGAGAGACCGAUCUUGGAGGACCUGCGCCGGGAGAUCCUGCUGGAGAAAUUCACGGCCAACCGCGAGGGCCAUGUGCAGCCUGAGGUCAUCUAUCCGUUACUGGGGCUGAGCAUGUCAAUGAAUAUCGGAUACGGAGCACCAAGACAGCUUCUGCACCGGGACGACGUUAUCCAUGCCUGGCGCCAUCCGCGGAAUCCUUUCCAGCCAUGGUCUUUUAAGCAGGUUAGCCAGUUUGGGUGUUUGAUUGCCGGGUGCGACGUGACGAGGGAAAACGGGGCCACGAUGUUUGUACCGGGCAGUCAUAAAUGGGAUGAUGAACGAUGGGCGACUGCGGAUGAAGUCUGUUUUGCAGAAAUGUCCCGUGGAUCGGCUUUGAUCUUCCUCGCCUCCGCUUACCACGGCGGCGGCCACAACUCGGUCCCCAACACCUUCCGGACGAUUUACAGCCUGUUCUUUUGCCGGGGCAACCUCCGCACAGAGGAGAACCAGUUCCUCGCCAUUCCCCGGAGUAAGGUGCGGGAAAUGAGUCCGAAGAUGCUUGAAUUGCUGGGGUAUAGGCAGCCGACCAUUUCGUUGGGCAUUGUCGAGAACAUGAGUCCGGAUCAGGAUGUGGAUGGGAUUUGGGCGAGGGCAAUGCAGUAA